AACAGGUAUAAAAGAAUGAGGAAGUCUGGAGGAUCACAAAAAAGAGAACACACACACACACACACAGACUCACACCUCACCUACACAUGUUAUGAAUAGUUUUUGCUCUCAGUAUCAUUGGACUCUGCAUUGUUCCUGAAUCAGCCUGAAAGUCCACGCGCUGUGGAUUCUCCGUCAGGGAUGGCGACUAAGAGCUGCUCUGAGAACAUGUUGAAGUUCAUCUGUGAGUUUAAAGCCACGUUUGCUCCAUCUCUGUCGGGUGGUGAUGAGGAAUUCAACGCUCAGAAUACGGAGUGUGAGUCAGUGUCGGUCAUCUUACCGGCACAGUGCAGCAUUUACCAGCUGCGGAUCCGCAUCUGCAUGCAGGCCCAGGAUAAUAACUGCCACCCAGAUCCACUUGCAAUCCUUGACCCAGAGAGGUACACUCUGCUGUAUGCUCGGGGAGACGAUUGGUACGAGGCCUACGAUGACUGCCAGGUGGUCAGGACGUUAGACAUUCCGUGGUCACGCGACGACACUGGGCGCCUGACCGCACAUAUCGUGGUAAAACCCCUCGUGGCGGUGGAUUCGGAGGUGGAGAAGAAGCAGCAGCAGCAGUGUCUGGCGUACCUGAUCGGACACAACCUGGAGAAAGAGGCAUCCGACAGACUCGGUGAGCUCACGUUCACCCGCAGGAAACUGGCAUCACCGAGAAGACAGGAGCUAAAAAGCCGCGAUGACAAGUGGUACGCCACGGAGCCGUGGGUAACAUGUGUCCCAGUUCCGUCUGAGCUGGAGGACCGGCUAAAGAGAAAGCUUUGGGUUACGUUCCAUUACAUGAACAAAAUCAGCUUCAGCAUAGAUGUUGAUUUUAGUGCAACACCAGAUGUUCUCCUCAAUAUCUUUAGAAGCGUGACGGCAGACCAAGGUAUUGAUAUCGACUCCUCUGAAAUUCUGGCCUUAAAGGUCACAGGGAGGGAAGAGUUUUUAUCCGGAGAGAACGUCCUCAGGGAUUUCCUCUGGGUCCGACAUUGCCUGAAAACCAAUCAAGACGUUAACGUCUCUGUGAUACCCGUGUCACAGCUCGCCGACGAGACUGUCAAGUUCAAGGACUGGCCGCUCGUUGACGGUUUCAGUGGCAAGUUCAGCUCCCAUGAUGAUCUCUGCCUUGAGGGGAAGGACUUGGACGACAUCUUCAUGAUAUCUCUGUGGGACUGCGACAGAAAACUCAGGGUCAAGUUGCUUGGCUUCGACGUACCAAACCUUCCCAGCAAAUGCCCCCAGGCUGUUUACGUGGAGGCCUCCAUACUUUAUGGCAGCAAGGUUCUCUCUUCUGUUUCCUCCACGCCCAAGGCCUUCGCAGAUGAAGUGCUGUGGAAUGAAUGGCUGGAGUUUGAUGUUCUACUCAGGGAUCUGCCACGUGGAGCCAAGCUGGGUUUCACCAUUAUAGCUAGUGGUGCUGACGUCUCGCCAAUGACCAAGGACUCAGGGGAGGGGAAGGAUCUCUACUUUGUUAACCUUCUUCUCAUAGACCACAGGUCUGUUCUAAGCCAGGGCCCCUACACCCUUCACAUGUGGGCCUACCCUGGUCUGCAUGAAGAAGCCAUCACCUACCAGGCAGAUAAACUGUCCUCCGCGACCAACCCGGAUGUAGUUGACUCCAUGGCGAUCAGCUUCUUUCUGGACCGCUACAGCUUCCCUGUGGUACAGCCAAACAGCUUCAGUUCCUCUGAAUGUUCUGGCAGUCCCACCUCCGGCCUCUCUCCAACAGAAUCAACUUCCCCCUCUACUAGACCUCCUUCUGCAUCCUCCUCCCCCGAUUCAAUGCUCUCCAGCAGCGAGUUCCCCUCUCUGCACGUGAAAACUCAUCCUUCAACUGACUCUAAACUUCUCAGAUCCCAGUCCACAGUCUCCAGCUCUAACAGACCUUGUCUAAGACGGUUCCGGGAGGAGAGCAUCCGCUAUGCCUCCAACCUACCCCACUACCUACGCAAUGUUGAUUGGAUGGACCAUGGCGUGGUUGAGGAUGUCCACUGGCUCCUAGGGAAGUGGGAUCCCGGGGACCUGGACGUCACGUUGGCCCUGCAGCUGUUGAGCAUGGACUUUGCUGACGAGAUAGUCAGGAGACUUGCAGUCAAGAGAUUGGAGAGCUUGUCCAAUGACGAAGUUCUGAGGUAUUUGCUGCAACUGGUGCAGACCCUAAAAGUGGAGCCUUACCACGACAGUUUCCUCGCUCGCUACCUCAUUCAGAGAGCUCUGAGGAGCAAAAGAAUCGGCCACUUCUUCUUCUGGUACGUGCGCAGUGAAGUGGCCGGAUGCCCGUAUUUCCGCCAACGUAUGGCCGUGAUACUGGAAGCCUACCUGCUGGGCUGUGGCCAGGCGAUGCUUGACAGCUUCACGCAGCAGGUCCAAGCUGUGAUGGCCCUGCAGGAGGUCGCCAUCACAAUCAAGAAACUCUUCCCUGACAGGAACGACGUUUCCCCUGCAGCUCACCUCAGGCUUCAGGAGCUUCUGAGAAACUGUGACCUGCCAAAUGAAUUCCUGUUGCCCUUUGACCCUCGCAUCAAAGUUGGGAUGAUCCUGCUGGACAAAUGCAAAGUGAUGGCCUCCAAGAAGAAGCCUCUGUGGCUGGAGUUCUCUCCCAUGCCGUCACCGACCUCCACUCCACCUGUGGGAAUCAUCUUCAAACAGGGAGACGACCUGAGGCAGGACAUGCUGGUCAUUCAGACUCUGGUGAUGAUGGAUUCUAUCUGGCAGGAGAAAUCCCUGGACCUUAAUCUCAUUCCAUACGGCUGCAUCUCCACGGGACACAACAUUGGAAUGAUCGAGAUUGUGAGGAACGCUGUGACCAUCGCCGCGGUGCAGAGGAGUCACGGCGGCUCAGCGUCAGUUUUUAAAAAUGACGCUCUGUUCGAGUGGCUCAAGUCCAAGUGUCCACUGCAGGAAAUUCACUACGAGACGGUGGAGAGGUUUGUGAAGUCGUGCGCCGGUUACUGCGUGGCCACGUAUGUUCUGGGUAUCGGAGAUCGACACAACGACAACAUCAUGAUCACAGACCAAGGGAACUUGUUUCACAUCGACUUCGGUCACAUCCUGGGCAACACCAAGCACUUCUUUGGCAUGAACAGGGAGCGCGUGCCCUUCGUCCUCACACCUGACUUCCUGUACGUCAUGGGCAGGGUCAAAAGUCGCAACAGCCUCUAUUUUGGACGUUUCAGGGACACGUGCCUGCAGGCGUACCUCUCCCUGCGCUCGCACUCUCGCCUGCUGGUCACACUUUUCUCUCUCAUGCUGCUGACCGGCAUCCCCGAGCUGAGCCACGCAAAGGACAUACACUACCUGCAGGAGGCGCUGCAGGUGGAGCAGAACGAGGCGGAGGCCAAGGAGCAUUUCCUGCAGCAGAUCUUGGUGUGUGAGCAGAAGGGCUGGCAAGUGCAGGCCAACUGGUGGAUCCACUUGAUGGCCAACACCAAAUGAGUGUUUGACUCUUGACUGUGGGGACAUUUAAAGGUGCAGUGCAUAACGUUUGCUGAUUUUGAAUGUUAUUGUUUCGUUUGGUGGACUGUCGCCGGGCGACACGAGAUAGAAUAUACUGAGGGACACAGAGUGAGAGUGUGUGAAGACGAAGGUUGCACACUUCAGUGUUUAUGUCUAUUUCGAACAACGACUCUUGUUUCCCUGUUAAAUUUGACAUAUACAGUAUAUGUAUAAUAUAUAUAUAUAUAAAAUAUAAUAUAAU